CCUCCACACACACACACACACAGCAGCGGACACAGAGAGAACCAACAUGGCUGAAGCGGAGGAAAGCGAGUUAACUUCUGGAGGAAUUUUUCAGGAGAUCUUCACCUCCCCGCUGAACCUCACCCUGCUCAGCCUCUGUCUGUUCCUCCUCUACAAAAUCUUCCGCGGAGACAAACCGCCGGAGCUCGGCGAGAUGGAGAAGCCGCUGCCGAAGCUGAAGAAGAGAGACUUCACCCUCGCAGAGUUGAAGCCCUACGACGGACUGGAGAACCCGCGGAUCCUCAUGGCUGUCAACGGGAAAGUGUUCGACGUGACCAGAGGGAAGAAGUUCUACGGGCCAGACGGGCCGUACGGAGUGUUUGCGGGCAGAGACGCGUCCAGAGGUCUCGCUACCUUCUGCCUGGAGAAAGAGGCGCUGAAGGACGAACCCGACGACCUCUCCGACCUGAACGCCAUGCAGCAGGAGAGCCUCUCUGAGUGGGAGACCCAGUUCACCUUUAAGUACGACUACAUCGGCAAGCUGCUGAAGCCCGGAGAGGAGCCCACAGAGUACACAGACGACGAGGAGGGAAAAGACAAAAAGACGGACUAGACAAUGAAAGCCGGAAGGAAACCUGAUGGAUGCCUUAAUGUCUGUUUGUGAUGCCUUUGAGGGCCGCUCGGAGAAAACGCUCCCGUAUGCAUUCUAGUAUUUUUGCACCGUCACAAUCCUGGAUUUUAUAUUCCGACUGAAUCCCAUUUAUCUCAUUUGAAGGCAUUAACAGUUAAAUGUACGCAUCCCGAAGUAGCGCUGGUAGAGUUUAGAUCAGUUGAUGUUUAAAUGCAUCGGACCAGCUGUGGAUGAAUCUGCUCGUUCACAUCGGUUCAUCCACAGCUCUGUUGUUUAUGUCGCUGCUGGUGUGUUUGCAGGUUGGACACAUUCCUUUCGGCUCCGCUCGCAUUGAAAGAAACGAUCUCAGGAAGUAGUUUCAUCGAGGGUUCGACGCCCGAGGACACAGUUCCUAACCUGGGUCUUAUUCUUCUAGUUUCACAGCAGCCAUUUUCACAUGAACUAGUAGGGUAAACCAGUGAUACCUCUUAAAGGUCUCUUCUGUUUCAUGUUAAAAUGGCUGCUGUGAAAAAGGUCUUCAGUCUGAUUAUGGGUCUUGCUCACUUUGCACUCACCACCUCCAUUACAGAGGUUUAGGUUUUGUCACAUACUUCGAGUUGAGCUGCUCUUGGUUUGGAAACAAUGGCGGCUUUAUGGUCUGUUUUACUCUAAAUGGGACCAUCAGUUACUAAAUGAACAUCAUGCUGUAUGGAAGAAGACUGAAACUAGAGACUGAGACCAGAAACUCAUCAGGAAACUGUUUACUGAGCUCAUACAUCAACUGAGAAGUCGACUCGUUUCCCCAUAAGACUGAAUGGUAUCUGUGUGUUAUUGCAACCAAUGGAGCCGCCCCCUGCUGGCCGUUACAUAAAAUACCGGUUUAAGACACUUCACAGACUCAGAAGCUCUGUCUGUUAUAAACACUGUCGAUGAUUAAGGACACACAAACGCAAAUUAAACAAGAUAACAACAGUUUUACAAACAAAAGCUAGUUUAGCUUAGCCGGUAAAAUUCCAACAAGGUCCAACUGCAGCACCUCAAUUAUUUCCAGGUCAUAUAGUUCACAUUAUUACAUUAUUAUUAUUAUUAUUAUUAUUAUUAUUAUUAUUAUAUGAAAUAUUAACCAGGUUGCUGUUUGUGAUGUCACUAACAGAACACCUCUUACAAACCUUUAAUUUAACACUGAACGUUUCCGUACAUUAGAUUUAUCUCAGCUCCGCUCUGAAUCUUUACAACCAGAGUGCAAAGUUACCGUGACCCAGCGUCAGGAUGGACGCCGCUACGAGAGGAAGACCCGGGCCGAGUGGACCGAGCCCCGUUGAGCCGAUGUAAAGAUUGUUUCGUAAACAGAUGUGAUGGAAGCACUUUCUCCUGAUAAACCGCGUUACCGGUUAGAACGUCGUACAGAUGUUUGUUUCACAUCGUGUUGUUUCUGCUGUCUCAAACUUUUUAGUGUUGAUUUCUGUCGAGACGUUUCUCUUUAAACAAUCCUGAGACUUUGGCGGCGUUCACACUAUUCCAGGUCCAGGUCUUCGAUCUCAGCGGACAGUCUCUGGUUGCUGUCUCUCAAAUAUGAAGAUUUUAAGCUUUUCUUUGCUUUAUAAACUAUAUAAUUUGACUUCCUUUAUAUUUUGGACUGUAGGUCAGACUAUAUAAGUAAUGUGCAACGGGUUUUAUUCCCCCAAAAACAACUAAAAUAUGAAACCUUCAUUCACACGCAGUAGCGUUUCUAGUAGGGAUGAGCGAGUACGCCAUUAUCUGUAUUUGUACGUGGAGUGGGCGGGGCUUAAACAUGGAGUGGGCGGGGCUAACACAACAUUAAAGCCUGAAAUUGAUCAGAAGUUGAAAUAUUUUUAAGAAAAAUGUUUCUGAUGAAGGAGAAUGAUUAACAGAAAGAGAGUUUUCUUUAUAAAAGUUGCUGUACUGGUAUUUACAAAUACAGAUUUUGGUAUAUUUUAGUACAUUAUCUGUACUGUAACACAAAAGGCUUCAUCACUUCUCAACAUCACAGAAAACCAUAAACAUAAAGUAACUCUCAUUCAGCUCAUGGUUGGUUCACAUUGUCUUUGACACUAAAUCCUCAAAUGGAUCAAAGAAUCAAACGUUUAUUUUAGAGAAUAUUGUUAAUUUUCAACACUGAAGUUUUAUGGAAGGACUCGAUCGUCCGUUAACGAUGUUUCUCUGCAGAGAUCGGACGCUUUUCAGAUUCAAAGAGGGAACUUUUUCCAGUAUGCAUGUACAUACAUAAACUAAAUGUCAUAAUACUGUUAUAAUCCUGAAAGUGAUAUUUUGAUUUAAUAAAGAAAAUGACCAAAA